AAGAGGCCAAACAGAAGAUAGAGAGAGAGAAACGGAAAGAGAAAGGCGAAUCGAUAGAUGUAUCCAAGGAAACGAUUCAAACCUUCGUUUGAAGAUGAUGAUGAAGAUGAAGAACAGAGAUCUGACUACUUUGAUAGAUUACCAGAUGAUAUCGUCAUCUCCAUUCUCUGUAAGCUUAACGCUACUUCUCGAUGUCCUGCGGAUUUCAUCAGCGCUCUAAUCACAUGUAAGAAACUGAAUAGAUUAGGUUUAAAUCCUCUGGUUCUAUCCAGAGCAGGUUCGAACACAUUCGCUAUCAGAGCGAAAAACUGGUGUGAAUCUGCUCAUCGUUUCUUCAAACAGUGCGUUAACGCAGGAAGUAUUGAAUCAUCUUACAGUCUCGGAAUGAUCCGUUUUUAUUGCUUUCAAAAUCGAGCAAGUGGAGCGUCUUUAAUGGCGAAAGCCGCGAUUAAGUCACACGCUCCGGCUUUAUAUUCUCUCGCCGUUAUUCAAUUCAACGGCAGCGGCGGUACGAAGAACGAUAAGGAUUUACGUGCCGGCGUAGCGUUAUGUGCACGCGCCGCCUUCCUCGGUCACAUCGAUGCUUUACGUGAACUAGGUCAUUGCCUUCAAGACGGUUACGGAGCAAAACAAAGCGUUACAGCCGGUCGUCGUCUUCUUAUUCAGGCUAACGCGCGUGAACUCGCGUCCGUUAUACGCUCCAUCCCUGGUUUUCGCCCUGGUUUAUCUCUUAGCCAACAGGCUAAUGGUCUCCUCAAGAUGAUUCAACCACCAUCCGGUUCGGGUUCCGGUUUGGUCUCCGGUUCGGGUUAUCCUAAUAAUAAUAAUAAUAUGCCGGCUAGGGAAGUACAUCCGGUGAACCGUUUCUUAAUGGAGUGGUUUGAAUCAAAGGAAUAUGGACCGGGUGAAACUCUUAGGUUAUGUUCACAUAGCGGUUGUGGUCGGCCGGAGACUCGCCGGAAUGAGUACCGACGAUGUUCGGCGUGUAGUACUGUUAACUAUUGUUCACGUGGUUGUCAAGCACAAGAUUGGAAACUCCGGCAUAAGGUUGAAUGUAUUCCGAUGGAACCAUGGAUUGGUGGAGAUGAAGAAGACGAUGAAGAUGAAGAAGAAGAUGAUGUUGAUCGUGUGGCUGAGAUUGAAGAUGGUGAGGUGGUUGUUGUUGCUCCGCUGGCUUUAUUAGAUGGAUGAAAGACAGCAGAUCCCAGCCCAACCAAGACUGGUAAAUCUUCAAAUCUUUUUCUUAAUUAGUUUUUGGUAAAACAAUUGAGAGUUAUUAUUAUUAUUAUUAUAAGAAGAAAGAAAACAGAAAGGAUUUUACAAAUAUUUAUUUUGAAACUUGUACAUUAUAUGGGAAAGUAUUUAUGGGUGGUUUUGAAUGAAAUUUUGGGUUUUAAAUAUAUAUUUUGUAUUAAUUAAAUGUCGGCAUG